AUGUCGAAACAAUAUUUGACCACGCAUACCGUGGAUAAUGCCCACAUCACCGACAUCUUUUCCAUUGCGACGACAUCCAAAGCUGUGAUAUCAGGCAGUGGAUCUUCCACGCUUCACGUUCAUGACACAACUGAUCCUUCAUUCCCACUCAAGCAGUCCAUCUCAGAUGCACACAAGUUGGGAUGCCACCACGUGUGCACCUCACGGAAUGGCAACGUCGCAGCGAGUGCUGGGUUUGGCGGCGAGGUGAAAAUUUGGAAAGUCGACAGCGACACUGGCGAAUGGAGUUUGAAUGGCGAGAUUACAGGAUCUGCAUCUAAGCCUGGUGAAGCCUGGGCUAUGGCAUUGAGUGAGAAUGGAUCUUACCUUGCUACUACAACAAAUGAUGGUCGAGUCAACGUUUGGGAUGUUAUGGAUGAGAAGAAGCCCAAGAUUCGUGAGUACGAAACCGGAAGUGCUGGAUCUGGAAGCUUUGGCAUGUCAGUGGACUUAAGCCGGGAUGGGAAAUACACUGCCAGCGGCCACCAGAAUGGAUCUGUCUACAUUUUCAACAAUGAUACGGGAAGAGUCCUGUACUCAUUAUCUGGUCUCACAAAGCCUGUACGAUCGGUUACCUUUUCUCCUGGUAACACUCGACUUGCUGCCGCAGGUGACGCUGGAAUCAUCGCACUCUACGACAUGAAACACGGAGAACAUGUUGGGAACUUGACUGGACACUCUUCGUGGAUCACAUCACUCGACUGGAGCGAUACAGGAGAGUACCUGCUCAGUGGUUCAAUGGAUGGAAAGGUCAAGGUAUGGUCAAUUGAGCGAAGCGCGUGUGUGGCAACCCACAGUGAGACGGACAAAGCUCUUUGGUCUGUAAAGUGGCUACCGAAGACUGUCAGAAGCGAGAUGUUCUGCACUGCUGGCGCAAACAGGAGCCUAUCAUUCUACCGAGAGGCUACUGGCGGUUGA